UUACAUAAUAUUUUUUUAGAAAGUUGACAAUAAUAAGAUCAAAUUAUUUAUAAAUGUUCUAUUUUAUUGUAAAAUUUAUCUUUUAUAUUUUUAUUAUUUUUUAGUUCAAACACUUAAUCUUUAAAAUUGUAUUGUAUUUAUUAUUAAAAUGGAUAAAAGAUUAAUGAAUGUAAGCCUUUUAGGCUUGUCAUUUAUGCUCGUUUUUACCGCAUUUCAAACAAUGGGUAAUAUUGAAAAAACUAUACUGGCAAGUAUACAAAAUGACUAUCCAACAUUCACCGGAGAUGGAUACACUAGUUUGUCAAUUAUUUAUGUAGUGUUUGCAUUGUCUAAUUGGGUAUCACCAACUAUCAUAAGUUAUGCAGGAUCCAGAAUGUCAAUGUUUGUUGGAGCUUGUUGUUAUACCUUAUUUUUAAUUUCUUUCCUUUGGCCUUCAACAGUGUUACUUUAUUUAAUGUCGGUAUUAAUUGGAUUUGGAGCUUCAAUUAUUUGGACAGGACAAGGAACAUAUCUAACUUUAAAUUCAGAUUCAACAACCAUGUCUAGAAAUUCUGGUAUAUUUUGGGCACUAUUACAAAUGAGCAUGUUUUUAGGAAAUACAUUUGUAUUUUUUGUUCUUCAUGAUAAAUCUCAUGUAGAUGAAUCAACUAGAACACUUUUAUUUACGGUUUUGUCUGUAGUUUGUUUUUUGGGAACAUUACUGUUUUUACUUUUACGAUCUCCAGUUAGUUCUGAAGGGACUGAGAAUGAACAAGGAAUACCUCUGAGCAUAAUAAAUGAAUUAAAAAAUUCUGUUGCUCUUUUUUUAACUGAAGAUAUGUGCUUAUUAAAUAUGUCAUUCUUCUUUACGGGGUUACAUCUAUCAUUUUAUAGUGGAGUAUACAGUUCAAGUAUUGGAUUUACAAAAAAAAUUGGUCCUAAUAGUAAACAAUUGGUUGGAUUAUCUGGUAUCCUUAUUGGUGUUGGAGAAAUUAUUGGUGGUUUUCUAUUCAGUAUUUUAGGUAAAAAGACUACUACUACUACUGAAGUAGAAUCUAAAGGGUUUAGUCAUUCUGCUGUUGUUGCACUUGGAUUUAUUGUAAAUAUAGUAGCAUAUGGAUUAAUUUUUAUUAAUUUACCGGAUGAUUCUCCAUUUCAAGAUACUGACACAAUAUCUUUUAUUCAGCCAAAUCAAUAUAUAGCAAUAUUCUGCAGUUUUCUUUUGGGUUUUGGAGACAGUUGUUUUAAUACUCAAAUAUAUAAUGUAAUUGGUAAAAAAUAUUCUGAAAAUAGUGCACCAGCUAUGGCAUUAUUUAAAUUUAUGCAGUCUAUUGCUGCUGCUUUAAGUUUUUUCUAUAGUAAUCUCUUUGGUAUGUAUGUUCAAUUAACAUUAUUAAUGAUUACUUUGAUUAUGGGUACAUUGUCUUUCUUCAAAGUGGACAAGUCUCUAGAAAAUCGGUAUAAAGAAUAUUAAAAUUACAAAUGAUUCAACUUAAAUGAACUUGAUCAAAAAUCAUUCUUCUGUGCAAUAUAGGACAAUAAUUUAUAUCAUAUAUCUUUUCAGUUGUUGAAUUUUUUUUAUUCCUAAAUAUGUGAUAAAUAAAAUUAUAUGUAUUUAAUUUGUGUCAUAAUUUAUAUAUUAUAUUGUGCUAACAGAAAUUAUAAAUAUAUUUAAAAUUAUAUUUUUAUUUAUGAAUAAUUUAUAAUUUAUAUAGUAAAUACAUGAGGAGUAAAUUAGUUAAUUAUUUAGUUUUAUUAAGCCAACUAAAUUGAAUUAAAAAAACAUAUAUAUAAAAAUACAUUAUAAAAAUUAAAUUGUUUGUAAAAAAAUUUGGUAAACACAUUUUUAUAUAAUUCACAACACUAUGUUCUUCAUUUUUAAAUGUCUUAUUAAAUAUAUGAGAAAGAUAAGAAAUUGUGAAAACUUUUUGUCUCUCAUUUUUUUCAUUAUUUGUGUUCAACUUAUUCUAAUGUUCCAUCUCAAUAAUAUGAAACAAUAUCAUACUAUAUGCAAUUUUGACUAUAAUCAUCCGUUUUCAAGCUAAUAACAAGAUCACACAUUCAAUGUCAUGCUGCAUCUUAAAAAAUAUUUUGUAAUACAUGAUCUAUCAAAGUAUAGACUUCCUAUAUGAAUUAAAGCAUGUAUAACUUUUUUGUGUUAAUGAUUUAAAUGUUGUUUCAAACAAUUUUUUUUAAUAAAAUCUGCAUUAUCUGGCUAAAAAUAGUAAAUUGAUUUUAAUUAUAAUUAUUAGCUUUUAAU